CCUAGACUGUGAUAAUAUACCCAUGCAGUGACUGAGAGGAGUCAGAGCUAAGACUCCGGUGCUCCUUUUCACAUCUGCAGCCGGAGACAGCCUGAGACCGUGCAAAGCAAGGCACGAUCUCCCAUUUCCAGCUUACUUAGCCUGUGCUCUAUCUUAUGGGCAUCUGCUACAGCCUGGCUAAGGCAGAACUGAAUCCGGCAGCAGGAGAUCAAACUUAGGCGCCCCUUUGGACUAUAUCACCCGCAGAAGAGGGAGAGAGAGCGAGAAGGGAGCUGAGCAAAGAACUCCAACAGCAUUGCAGGAUGUUUUGGAAACUUUCUCUCUCCUUGUUCCUGGUAGCAAUGCUGGUGAAGGUGGCUGAAGCCCGGAAAAACCGCCCCCCGGGAGCCAUCCCCUCCCCAUAUAAGGACAGCAGCAGCAACAACUCUGAGAGGUGGCAACAUCAGAUGAAGGAAGUGCUGGCUUCUAGCCAGGAGGCCCUGGUAGUCACCGAGCGGAAAUAUCUGAAGAGUGAUUGGUGUAAGACCCAGCCCCUAAGGCAGACGGUCAGUGAAGAAGGCUGUCGGAGCCGAACCAUCCUGAACCGCUUCUGUUAUGGCCAGUGCAACUCCUUUUACAUCCCUCGGCAUGUGAAGAAGGAGGAAGAGUCCUUCCAGUCCUGUGCCUUCUGUAAGCCCCAGCGGGUCACUUCUGUACUGGUAGAACUAGAGUGCCCAGGGCAGGACCCACCCUACCGCCACAAAAAGAUUCAGAAGGUAAAGCAGUGCCGGUGCAUGUCUGUGAACCUCAGUGACUCAGACAAACAGUGAAUGGCCACAGUGGCAGGAUGCUGCUCAGCAUUUGGGGGGUCCCCUCGCCCCGCCUCCUGUCAGAUUUGCUGCUGCCUCUAUCCCUUUCCUCUGAGCAGAUUCACGCACUGGCUGGUCCCUUACCUUUCAGAAGGCAGUUCUCUUGGGGGGUGCAGGUUUCCAUGUCACCCGUGACAGGAAAUAGAAGCUUGGCUUAUGUGUUCCCAGGUGCCUCUUGGCAAGAUUCCUGCCUCCAAGACCAGGCUGUGAAGCAAGCCCUAAGGAAGAAGAUGGAAAACAGUCACCAACCAAAAAGAAAGAAAGAAAUUGGAAGGAUAGUUUAGGUGAUGCACUGUUAAAUCCAGCAUUAACGUUUCCACUGUGUGGGAAAAAAAAAAGAAAAGAAAUGUAUCUCCUUCUCAACCCUACACUCCAAACAUAUCCAUGUGAAGUGAAAGAUGCCUCUAUGGCUUCACUGUCAAUGGAUUUCCCAACUGGGAGCUUUUCACUUUGUGGAUUUCAUGCCACCACUGCUGCCUGAGGCUCUGAUGUAGACAAGCACAUGGUUCAAAUGAAAACAAAACAAAAUUAUGGGGAGACUCUUGACAAGCCUGAUUGCCAGAAGACGCUGAGAGCCCUUUGAACCAAUGAUUUGGCUUCCCUAGGCGACGUUGCUCAAGUCAAAGGAUCUUAGGAUCAUAGCUCACAGCUCUAGCGCUGGAAGGGACCUUUCAGGUCAUCUAGUCCAGUCCUCUUAUUUGACAAACGAGGAAACUGAGACUUGGAGAGGCAAAGGGAUUAGGCCAAGGUCGCACAAGUAGUCAGUGUUAGAGGCGGGAUUAAACAUGGUUCUCUGACUCCAGAUUCACUGUACCAUACUGCCGUCUCCCUCCCACCCUAAAGCAUGGGUUGGUGUCAGCUUCCUACCCUCUUUGUCAUUGUCCCCCCCCCCCCCAUUCAUGGACUUGAGACAGAUUUUGGUUUUGCAUGCUUUGUUGCUGCAGUUAGAAUAUUAUUGCACACAAAGGUCUCUCCAUUAACGCUGGUUUUUAUAAUCAACCUGUAGUAAAGAGCUGUUAAAAGUAAAAUCAUCCUAUCCACGUAUUGUUUCAUGUGUCGAUUUUGACUCUGGCAUUGGAUGACAAUUCUGAGUAAACACCAAGUUGCUGGGGUUGGAGUCUUCCUCCACAUGGACCAGCUUCAUGGUAGCCGGAGGUGCAGAAGCUUUCCUUGGAAAUAUUUCCCAGCCAGCCAUUCAUUGCUAAAUAUCUAUGCUUAGGGAUGGGCAGGGUGGGAGAAACACUAAUUUCACUUAAGGUACUAGAGCAUCUUGGCACAGGGUGGGGGGAGGGGGGAGGGUUAGGGUGAGAAUGAAUGGGGUUAUUUGUUAAGCUGAAGAACAAAUGCCCCCUUAACUCUUAAGGUGUUUAGAUACAAGAAAGAACACUAUUUUCACUGCCAUGACACUAAGCAUAGACCUUUCCUGCUAAAAAGAAAGAGGAAUUUAAGAGACAAAGGAUUUGGGACAUUUUUCUAUGCAGAGAGAUGAACAAUGAAAUGCAUCCAGUUAAAAGUAAGUUAAGCCAUUAAAUCAGGGAUUCUUAACCCUUUUGUACAUCUCAUGGACCUCUUUACUAGUCUGAUGAAGCCUAGGGAUCCUUCUCAGCAUAUUGUUUUAAAAUCAUAAUGAAUGGAAAUGCUAACUUUAAUUUGGAGAUUAGUAAAAAAAAAAAUUACCCAUUCAUCUUCAGGAGUACCUUGAAAUCUAUCCCCUUGGGAGUCCAAGGAUCCCAGGUUAGGAACCUUCAUAUUAAAAACUAGACACAUGGGAGUUCCUGGGACAAAGUUUUAACUUUUCCCAAAUGGGCUCUCAUUUUCAUUGUGACGUAUAAAAUUUUCCACAUUAGUCAAUUGGCCAAUAAAAGUCUAGGUAACUAAAAUGAUUCAUUUAAGUUCAGCAAAUAAUUUUUCUUUGGGGGGGGGUAGGCAAUGGGGUUAAGUGACUUGCCCAGGGUCACACAGCUAGUAAGUGUUAU